AGUGUGCGGAGCGCGCUGUGAGGCAGUGAGGCGGCUGGAGCAGUGAGAGGUGCUGCGACACGUGCGUACCGGCGCGUCUCUCCUUCUGUGCGCCGCGUCUCGUUCUCCUCCUCUUCGUCGUCGUCGUCGCGAUGCUGGGCACUGUGAUGGAAGCUGGCAACGCCGUGCUGGAGCAGAUGAGCCCCUCGUCCUGGGCGCUCGCCGCGUCCGCGCUGAUGUUGGCGGUGGUGCUGGGCGCCAGUCGCGGAGCAGGGAAAGCUCAGAAGCACCCGCCUCACAUCCCCUCGUACAUUCCCUUCCUGGGCCACGCCAUUGGAUUCGGACGCAAUCCCAUCGAUUUCCUGGAGAACGCCUUUGAGAAGUAUGGGCCCGUGUUCAGCUUCACCAUGGUGGGAAAGACGUUCACGUACCUCCUGGGCCCUGACGCAGCCGCACUGCUCUUCAAUAGCAAGAACGAGGACCUGAAUGCCGAGGAGGUUUACUCGCGCCUUACCACGCCCGUCUUCGGUCCCGGAGUGGCCUACGACGUGCCCAACCCGGUGUUCCUGGAGCAAAAGAAGAUGCUGAAAACUGGGCUCAACAUCUCCCAGUUCCGGCAGCAUGUGCACAUGAUCGAGGAGGAGACACGAAACUACUUUGAGCGCUGGGGCGUGAAGGGGCAGCGUGACUUCUUUGAGGCCCUUUCGGAACUCAUAAUCCUGACGGCGAGCCGCUGCCUGCAUGGCAAGGAGAUCCGUGCCAUGCUCACGGAGCACGUCGCACAGCUCUACAGCGACCUCGACGGGGGCUUCACUCAUGCCGCCUGGUUGCUUCCUGGGUGGCUGCCCUUGCCCAGCUUCCGGAAGCGAGACCGGGCACACCAGGAGGUGCGGCGCGUGUUCAAGACCGUCAUCCAGAAGAGGCGGCGUGACGCCGAGAAGCAAGACGACAUGCUGCAGACCCUCAUUGAUGCAACCUACAAGGAUGGGCGAACGCUGUCGGACGAUGAGAUCGUGGGGAUGCUCAUCGGGCUAUUGCUGGCCGGGCAGCACACAUCGUCCACGACAAGUGCGUGGCUCGGCUUCUUCCUGGCACGCGACCCUGCACUGCAGGCGCGCUGCUACGCCGAGCAGAAGGCCGCGUGCGGGGAUGAGCUGCCACCUGUGGAGUAUGACCAGCUCAAGGACCUCGUGGUGCUGGACAGCUGUCUGAAGGAGACACUGCGCCUGCGCCCGCCAAUCAUGACCAUGAUGCGUCUGGCCAAGACCCCACAGACCGUGUGUGGCUACACCAUACCACCGGGGCACCAGGUGUGCGUGUCACCCACGGUGAACCAAAAACUGAACUCUGCGUGGACCCAGCCCAGCAACUUCAACCCCGACCGGUUCCUGCAGGAAGGAACCUCCAACUCGGAGAAGUUCUCCUAUGUGCCGUUCGGGGCUGGACGCCACCGUUGCAUCGGGGAGAACUUUGCCUAUGUGCAGAUCAAGACGAUCUGGUCCACUCUGCUGCGCAUGUUUGAGUUUAAGCUGGUGGAUGGCCACUUCCCCGAGAUCAACUACACCACCAUGAUCCAUACGCCCAGCAACGCCAUCAUCCGUUACCAACGCAGGGACCGCUGAGCCCAAGUCCCACUGAUCAGACCACCUGCGUCAAGGCCAGGGGCUCGGUCCACAUCAACCCACUCACCACAUCUCCCUGUGCUGCCGUCCAGCACUUGUGCAACCAUAUCACACGUUCACUGCAGAGACUACACCUCAUUGUCCACACUGUACAUAUGUAGUAUUCUUGAAUGAGUCAGAGACUUCGUAGAGGCCACACGCUUUUAUUCCAAUAACACUAGUCCUCCGGACUCACUGGGGGAACAGUCUAACCACACAACCUAGGGAGGUACAGCCUCCGGCUCUAUUCUCAUUACUCUCCUUCCCUAGCCUACAGCUACUCUGUUACUCUCCUUCCCUAGCCUACAGCUACUCUGUUACUCUCUUCCCUAGCCUACAGCCACUCAGCUACUCUCCUCCCCUAGCCUACAGCUACUCAGUUACUCUCCUUCCCUAGCCUACAGCUACUCAGUUACUCUCCUUCCCUAGCCUACAGCUACUCUGUUACUCUCCUUCCCUAGCCUACAGCUACUCAGUUACUCUCCUUCCCUAGCCUACAGCUACUCAGCCCACUCAGUCCCAGCCGGGCGGCAUCCUCGAGGCUUGGGGGUCCAGGAUCUCCGGCCGCACCUCCUUCAGCUUCUCGUGAGAUCGACCCCCUCCGCUCUCCGGGAGCCGUCUUAUAUCCCCUCUCUCUGAGGGGCGGGGGUGUCUCGGGGCCCUGGCUCUCGCCAGCCCCCUCCCCUCAGAGCGGUUCCAACCACCUCUCGUCCCUGCCGGUCCGGACCGGUCCAGACCGGUACGUACCUCUCCCCUAGCUUGUGUGACCUGUGUGACCUGUGUCAACCUUGGUGUCAACCUUGAUCACCACACAUGUAACCCUGCUCAAACAUAAAAUGCCUCUCCACCGAUAAAAUUAUGUGAUUCUCAGGGCUAUGUCACCACAUUGAGCCAGCACCACUCGGUUCCUGGGUUUCGGCCCCUAUUGUGGUGAAACACGUUCCUUUGGAGUGGGCAGGUAGGAAAUUGGUUGGACAGCGCAUUUGUACAGAGAGCUCGUGGUCACGUGACGCACUUCAACCAAUCCGGGAGCGUACAUGUUUGAGAGGGGCUAUGCACGAAAGACAAAUAAUCCCUGGUGGGCAGUGUGGAACUGGUGUUCCUACCUGAAACAUGUGAUAUUUAGCAAGUUUCACAAACACGAUGCACACACUUGUGAAAGCUGUCAAAUACAGCUCGGCCCUUGAUUUUGUGAAUCCCAGCCCUUGUAGGAUGCAUUAAUGUAUAUAUUUCAAGACACGAAGUGAAGCACUCAUCUGCACAUGAAAUUGAGAUGAGUUGUGGGAAGAGGCCUAUUCAAGACAUCACCACUAGUUUUGUGGAGUCAUUCAAUAAAUACAAUUCUGUGUUGAUGCACAAUGAUUCGGUGCUGUGCUGUCUCGGUUUCAUGAUGGGCCAGCUAACACUUCAGCUCUGCCUUGGCGCCAGCAGCAGAGUUUAGAGAUAAAAUACAAGUGUGUUAGAGAAUAAUUGAUGUGCUAAUUUUACAUGUUACUGUGGUAAUUUAUUUUAAUAUAUCAAACAAAGUGUUUUGGAAGUUUGUGCAUAUUUUACAAAGUUGAAGUUAGAAAUUAAAUGUUAAAUUAAACAUUUAAUCCAGAAUGAUUUACCCACACGGAUAUACUGUACUUUGCAAUAAACGUGAAGCCUGCUGUCUUUAUUGUAUCUCAUACGUUGUGCAAUGGCAUUGCAUUCGUAGACGAUGGAUGAAAUAAAUUGAGUUUGUUACUUGUAAGUCUUCAGUUUAACGUGAAGGUCCAUUUGCCUUGUAAAGUAACGGCUAAAUGGCGUGAAGAAAAUAAACCGUGGUUUACAUUGGAGUUUUUUUUUUACUUUCGUGACAGCAGGAAUUCAUAUUAUUUGGUUAUUUCGGUAAAGUCACGUAGAUAGAAAAAUACUAAUAAAAAUAAGGUGAAUAAAAAUUAUAAAAAUACUUAAGCCUGGUUCUUAAUCGGAGUGAGUUUACUGGCAGUCUAUAAUGUAGACUAGCCUGGUUAUUAAGUUUGGCGAGUGUACUGGCAGUCUAUAAUGUAGACUGUAGCAAUGGUUAUUAAGCUGGGUGAGUGUAUUGGCAGUCGUAUAAUGUAGACUAUAGCCUAAAAAAUAAUUUUAAAAAGCCACGACGUUUCGAUGGCAAGCAAGCGAUCGUCCUGAUGACAACCGCUUGUGUUGCGAUUGAAACGUUUUUUUAAUUAUUUUUCAGGCUAAUCUACAUUAUAGACUGCCAGUACACUCACCGAGGUUAAGAACCAGGCAGUUUCAUGAUUAUGCGCAUUUUCUGCAUGAAUCGAGGGAGACCUGUAUACAUGGCUUCAAGGGCACGUGCAUGAAAGGAAAUGUGUAAUUCAACGUGGUGGUAAAAUGGUGUUGUAUUCCCAUGUACAGUUCACUGUAGACAAUUUGCAGUUAACAUUUUAGUUUGUAAACUUAAGGACCUGAUCUGUUUUGUGUGGACAGUGGUAAAAUUUUGUUAAUACCCCAAAACAGAGGAAUGUAUUUUCUAAACACUUUGUUUCGUAUGUUAUCCAUGCCAUGUCUAACAAUGGUUAAUACAUAUGGAUAUGGUCUUUUAUUUACCCACAUUCUUCGUGAUAAAAGCACACGCUUUUUGCAGCCAGG